UUAAAGCUUACAUCUACUGCUAGAAAGCAAAAGCGAAGAGCGUUCGCUACUCAUAAGAACAUGGCGGUGGUCGGAGACGUGAUUGUGACCAAAAUCAUCGAGAAAUUGGUGGAGGUCGGGUUCGAUUAUGCAGCAGACCGGUAUUUUGCUCGGGAUACUCGGAUGAAAGUUGAGCUUGAGAGGCUCAACGAUGCUCUUCCUCGCAUCCAAGCUGUUGUGGAGAUGGCAGAGAGCGGGCAGCAAGAGAUCAAGGGAGGAGUCAACGAAUGGCUGUGGCAACUAAAAGAUGCGUUGGAUGAGGCUGACAACGUACUUGAUGAGCUUGAUUACCUUAAGCUACAGAAACAAGCAGGGGUAAAGUGAGUGAUUUUCUCUCCGACUCCAAACGGAAAGUUGUAAAAGUUGG